GAAACAGCAGGCUCCAGUUUUUAUUAACUUUUAUUUUCAUAAGCAUAAAACUCAUGUGCACCGAACUUUUUCCUCACUUGAGGUCUUUCAACUGACUUGCAAAAAAUGCUCUCAUGGCAUGCCCACUGGACCUGGGACUUGCUGCUGCUGCUCCUUGGCUUGUCAAUCCGUGCCGGUUCAGCAGCUCAGAUCAUAGAAGAGCGUGGCUCCAAAGGACACCUUGACCUCACAGAGCUAAUAGGAGUUCCUCUUCCUCCUUCGGUCUACUUCGUGACGGGCUAUGGAGGCUUUCCAGCUUACAGCUUCGGGCCAGAGGCCAACAUCGGCCGGCUGACGAGCGCCGUCACGCCGCGGCCCUUCUACAGAGACUUCGCCGUGGUGGUUACAGUGAAACCAAACAGUGACCGUGGAGGAGUGCUCUUUGCAAUAACAGAUGCCUUCCAGAAAACUAUUUACCUGGGAAUGAGACUUUCAGCAGUGGAUGACAGCACGCAGAGAGUCAUCCUGUACUACACGGAGCCCGGCUCCCACAUCUCCCGGGAGGUUGCCUCCUUCAAAGUGCCGGUGAUGACUAACAGGUGGAAUAGGUUUACGGUGACUGUGCAGGGAAAUGACGUUGCUUUGUUCAUGGACUGUGAAGAAUAUCAGAGAGUUCAGUUUCAAAGGUCAGCUCGAGCCUUGGUAUUUGAAUCUGGCUCUGGGAUAUUUGUGGGUAAUGCGGGAGCCACGGGACUGGAGAAGUUCACAGGCUCAAUUCAACAUCUGACAAUCAAAUCUGACCCAAAGGCUACUGAAGAUCAUUGUGAAGAUGAUGAUCCUUAUGCUUCGGGGGACGUCAGUGGUGACGGCAGCGUUCAGGAACACGAGGCACAAGAAGCCCUUGCACCUGCUCGUCUUCCUGUGAGGCCUGAAGAUACGUUGGCUGAGCCAGUGGAAGCCCCUCCCACUGUAUUGUCUUAUUUGGAAGAAAGCGAUUUCUCUGGAAACCACAGACCAGAAGAAACCUCUGAAGUGGCCAAACUUAAAGAACAAGAUUCAGCUGUCACAGAAACUGGACAAGGCACCACUGAGUCUACCACUGUCAUGCAGAAAAUCUUCCCAGAAGGAGAUGGCUCUGGUGCUAGCGUUUUGCCAGGAGCAAGCCAAGAGGAGGGUGGGGAAGGUCAGGAAGGAGAGGAUGGGCCCACAGGAUCUCCAGGAAUGCCAGAAGCAGAAGAUGUGCAGAAAAACAAUCAAGGACCAACUGGAUCUCCAGGGAAGCCUGGACAACAUGGGCAGCCUGGCAUUCCUGGCAAAAACGGGUUACCUGGUAAAAAUGGAGUUCAAGGGCUGCCAGGACUGAAAGGAAAAGCAGGCACAAAAGGUGAAAAGGGUGAUCCUGGGGAGGGGUUGCCAGGACCCCCUGGACUACCAGGACCCACAGGACCAUCUGCUCCUUCCAAAGGACUAAAUAGAUUGGAGCCUGAAGAAUCAGGUUCUGGAGACGUUGAUGGAGAGACCGAGAUUUUAAGAGGUCUUCCAGGACCACCAGGCCCUCCAGGACUGCCUGGUCCCCCAGGAAAGCCAGCACCUGAUUCAAGUGUGGGACCUCCAGGGUCACCAGGAGAAGAUGGAGCUUCUGGAGAACCAGGUCCUGAGGGUCCUCAAGGUCCUCCAGGGCUUGAUGGAGUGGUUGGCCCACCAGGACAGAAGGGAGAAAAGGGUGAUCAAGGUCUUCCUGGUUCUGCUGGUCCAAAGGGUGAUCCUGGAGUCAUUGGAUCAACAGGCCCCAAAGGAGAAGCUGGUGCUGUUGGGUCUCCUGGGAAACCUGGACCACCGGGACCUCCAGGGCCCCCAGGGCCCCCUGGACCCCCAGGACUAAGCUACAGUUUAGGAUUUGAGGACAUGGAAGGAUCACCUAGCACUGACCUGUUAAUUGAGCCUGGAAUCCCAGGAUCAAGAGGACCAAAGGGAGAAAGAGGCAACAUUGGUCCACCAGGUUCAAAGGGGAUGCGGGGUACGGAUGGGAGACCAGGCUUCCCUGGCAUUGCUGGACAUCCCGGAGAUGUGGGUCCAAAAGGGGAGAAAGGUGACCCAGGACCUCGGGGUGAACCAGGACAGGAUGGGAACAGUAUUGUGGGACCACCUGGACCCCCAGGACCCCCAGGACCAGUCAUAGCAAUACCUGAGCUGCUACUCAAUGACACAGAUGGAAUAUUUAACUCUACUGCAAUGAAAGGACUGCUUGGGCCUCCAGGCCCUCGGGGACCAAAAGGUGAUACUGGUUUGCCUGGAUCACAGGGACCCAAAGGACAGCAGGGUGAAAAGGGAGAACCAGGAGCUAUCGUUGCUGCUGAUGGAUCUUUAACUGAAUUAUUAGGAAGAAAAGGGGAGAAGGGUGAAGCUGGAGUGAUGGGACCCGUGGGACCAAUGGGACCAAUAGGACCUACUGGACCCAAAGGAGAACUUGGUUUCCCAGGACGUCCAGGCCGCCCAGGACUGAAUGGACUGAGAGGUCUGAAAGGUGACCGAGGUGAAGCGUUUCAUGGCCCUCCUGGCUUGCCUGGACCCCCAGGGCCCCCUGGACCUCCAGGACGUAUAGUUUAUAUCAAAGGAACAGUUUUCCCAGUCCCUCCCAGACCUCACUGCAAAAUGCCAGUGAGCACUCCUUACCCUGCAAAUCAAGAAGCUCUUAAUGCCCAUGGUGCUAAUGCAAACGCAGAUUCCUGGGGACUGCGCAACUCAGUGGACUUAAAAGGAGAAAAGGGAGACAGAGGUGCUCCAGGACCACCAGGUCCACCUCUGCCUCCAUCACAUUUCAGCCACUUUAUUAAUAGCAUAAAGGGUGAAAAAGGAGACAACGGAGUCACUGGUGUAAAAGGAGAAAAGGGAGAACCAAAUGGAGGUUUUUUCCUGACAGGACCUCCUGGACCACCUGGAAGACCAGGAUUAAUUGGACCAAAAGGGGAUUCAGUCGUUGGACCCAGAGGACCUCCAGGGUUGCCUGGCCUACCUGGCUUACCAGGGUAUGGAAAAAUUGGCCCUCCUGGCCCACCUGGCCCACCUGGCCCACCAGGACCCCCUGCGAUAUAUGGCUCAGCAGCCGCAAUGCCUGGGCCACCGGGUCCUCCUGGAGAGCCAGGCCCACCCGCAGCCAGGAGUCUGGUUACAACAUUCCAGAACAUUGAGGGUAUGCUGGAGAAAGUGCACUUGGUAGCAGAAGGUACCCUCAUCUACCUGAGUGAAACCAGCGAGGUUUUUAUCCGUGUGAGGAAGGGAUGGAGAAAACUGCAGCUCGGUGAGCUAAUUCCUAUCCCUGCUGACAGCCUUCCUCCUCCAGCCCUAUCAAGCCAUGGAUUUCAGCCUCUUCCAGCACUGAUAUCAAAUACGAACAGCAGAAAACCAGCACUGCAUCUGGUGGCUUUAAACUUGCCGUUUUCUGGUGACGUGCGAGCAGAUUUCCAGUGUUUUCAGCAGGCUCAGCUGGCAGGGCUGAGGUCUACCUACAGAGCCUUCCUCUCAUCACACCUGCAAGACUUGGCCACGGUGGUCAGAAAAGCAGACCGACACCACUUACCCAUAGUCAAUCUGAAGGGAGAAAUCCUUUUCGACAACUGGGAAUCUAUAUUUAACGGAGACGGCGGACAAUUCAACGUGCACGUACCAAUCUACUCCUUUGAUGGGAGGAACGUCAUGACUGAUCCGUCUUGGCCUCAAAAGGUGAUAUGGCACGGUUCAACCGCCAGCGGGGUCCGGCUGGUGACUAACUACUGCGAGGCCUGGCGCACGGCUGGGACGGGGGCGGUGGGCCAGGCGUCCCCGCUCAACACGGGGAAGCUGCUGGAGCAGAACCUCUACAGCUGCAACAAUCACCUGAUCAUCCUCUGCAUCGAAAACAGCUUUGUAGCCGAUCCCCCGGGAGAAUGAUUCCCCUGCGGCACACGGGAGCGUUCCGUCUCGCGCCACAGAACCCUGGCACGGAAACGCCGUUUGUAACGAUGUACAUAUUUAUUUGUUAAAAGCAGCCAAAGAGAACAUACCUCAACACAAGCCACAUUCCCCUGAGGUGCAACACCCCGUGGGCUGGCCCUAAAGCCCUUCCUUCCACAUCAACCCCUCACUGUUCCAAGUCUGCCCGCAGUUAACUCACAGCCCUCUGGCUGAGCUGCAGCUGACGUGCGGGCACAGCCCGGUGUGGGCUCAGCAAGGCUGCUGCUGCUCCUGCACAGCUUGGGAGCUGCCUGCUCCGCUCCUCUCACCUGCAGACACAUUGAAUAGCCAAGGCACUACAUAUAUAGAUGCAUAUCUACAUCCUGUCCCUCAGCAAAUAACGGGAGGCUGCUACAUCUCACGGGGCUGGCAUCUUCACAGAAGCUUUAGGAAGCGAGGUGCUCAGCUCCUCUGGGUCUCGGUGGCAGCUGAGUCCCCAGCUCCUGCAAGCUCAUACUGAUGGCAGCCUGGUGCUUACACAGAAGUCCAGCAGCUUCCACAUCUUCCCUCAGCUUUGUUUUUUUUUCUUUGCAGAUUCUAGGCACAGGGCUUUACGUGAAUUUCACCUAGACAAAGUCUGGUCCUUCUUUUGGUGCUAUUGUUACCAGGAAACCUGGCGCAAUGUUAAUAGGAAGCAUCCUGUUUUACUGGUAGAACUGUGCAGAGUAAAUGCAGACAAACGAACCAUCUGCCCCUUCUUUAUUUCACGGUGUGUUAGGGGAAGUGGUUUUCCUGUUGUGGCAGCCUACUGAGCGAAAGAUGGCUGUCACUGGUUCUUCAAAAUAGGUUCUAGGCGCUGUUCCCCCACUAAAUGAUGUGUAAAGUGAUUUUCCUCGUUGUGAGUUUACCCUGCUGGCAUUCACAUCAUUAAAGAACUGUGAAUACCCAAUAGCCACAGCAAUGACAGGGAUGAUCGGUAAAUGCUGAUGUACGUCACAAAUACUGUCACCACACUGUCUUGAAGCCUUUUGCCUACAAAUUUGUCUCCUGUAUACCUUAAACAACAUAUUUACUUACAUUUUAUCAGGCAGUAACUGUGGAGGUCAAGCUCCACCUUAUCAUUUUCUUAAGAUUUAAUCUAGAGCCUGUGCUGGAAGUACAGUUCGUCUGCUGGCAGAGUAUUAAAUUACUAGAUAGCUGCCUUCAAAAGACAAAAGCAAAUCACACUACUGUAUGAAACUGAUGUAAUUAUAUAACAUAACGUUGUGAA